GGGCGGCCUCCGCGGGGUGGGCGGCGGCGGAGGAGGAGGGAGCUGCCCUGCGGCCGGCGAGCGGACCAUGGCGGAGGGAGACAACCGCAGCACCAACCAGCUGGCCGCCGAGACCGCCAGCCUGGAGGAGCAUCUGCAAGGAUGGGGAGAAGUGAUGCUGGUAGCCGACAAGAUCCUUCGAUGGGAAAGAGCCUGGUUUCCACCUGCCCUCAUGGGUGUGAUUUCUCUGGUAUUUCUGUUGGUCUACUACUUGGAUCCGUCGGUGCUGUCUGGGGUUUCUUGCUUUGUUAUGUUUUUGUGCCUGGCUGAUUACCUUGUUCCCAUUCUCGCGCCUAGAAUUUUUGGCUCCAACAAAUGGACCACUGAACAACAGCAAAGAUUUCAUGAAAUUUGCAGUAACCUAGUAAAAACUCGACGGAGAAUUGUUGGCUGGUGGAAGCGUCUCUUCACGUUGAAGGAGGAAAAGCCUAAAAUGUACUUCAUGACCAUGAUCCUUUCUCUGGCUGCCGUUGCCUGGGUAGGACAGCAAGUUCACAAUCUCUUCCUCACCUACCUUAUUGUGACAUUCUUACUGCUCCUUCCUGGACUAAAUCAGCAUGGCAUCAUUUCCAAGUACAUCGGAAUGGCCAAAAGGGAGAUCAACAAACUCCUUAAGCAGAAAGAAAAGAAAAAUGAGUGAUGGGUUUGCCUUGUUCAGCCUGACUUAAUGUGGCCUAUAGUGACCCCGGGAACAGUUCCUACUGUGUGUGUGGGUUGGUGUGUGUGGGUGUGUGUGUGUGUGUACUAAAAUGUUACAGAAGCAGCUUCUCUUAUACUCCUUUGUUUUAACUUAAAAAUGGGUCUGUAGUUUAAAAAAAAAAAUCUAGAUUAUCGAAAGAUUAUCAGCCUUUGUUCUGCCUGUCAAGUGAGUUUCGUGUCCUCACUCAUUUUGACUUUAUGGAAAGUGACUUUCUGGGAAAGAAAACCCUCUGAGGAUAUAUUUUGAUUUCUUCUUUCUAGGAAAAUCAUUUAAUGUGGUAAUGAACAUCAGCCCUUUAGUACAGUGAGAGUGGUGUAAAUGAUCAACCCUCAUCUCAGAAGAUAUUCUGAACCAGCUAGACCUGUUCAGGGAAUCUGUGUCUGCAGAGAGCUGGAUUUAUUGUUUGCUUUCAAGAAUGUAAAGACCAAUUUUACCAUUUCUAAUGGAAAGAGACCAAUUAGCGUGAUUAAUUUUCCAUUCCUGUUUCUCUGUGGGAAAAUACCAACAAAGUCUACUGAAAUGGGUUCCAUCGCCUACCUGUUAUUAAUAUUUUUUUCUUACUGAAAAUCUUAGCCAUCCGUAGACCCUUUGCCAGUUGCCUCCCCUGCCAGUUGGGGGUCUGGAACAUUUUGAAAGUGUUAUCCCUAGUGUCCCCUUAGUGAUUUAGUAAAGUGUCAGAGAUGUUCUUGAAGGAUUCCUCUUAGACAUGUGCUACCAUUUUGAGGCUGCUAACUAUUCUAAUUCUCUUUGACUUAGCUGGAAGUUUUGAUGGUCAGAACAGUUGUAAAGCUCAGACAGCCACUUGUAAGUCACAGUCUUUGGCAGAGGACUAAACGUGAGGCUGAUGAGGCUCAACCUAUCCAUCCGAUGUAUUAGGGCUCUCAUCAGUGGUAGAGGAACCACUAUAAGGGAUCGACCAAAUGUUGUCGUUCUUCAAGCAUCAAACUUAAUGGGAUGUCGAGCUAUGACCCAGCCCGGAUCCUUUCUGAGAGAGAAACUAACAGUCCUGCCAGUAAUUCAGAGUUGAAGUCGGGGAGGACUGCCUUCUGUCUUUAGAAAGUCCGAUUUGGUUCUGCAAGCGAUCGCCGAUCUAACCGGGCCACACGACGAUACUCUCACCUCGGAAGGCGAGUCUGACCCUGACUGGUCUGAGCUGACUCCCUCUCUGAGGGUCGGGCGUCUCCCUCCAUCUUGAACCUGCAGCCUGAAAGCCGGAGGAGCCGAGAUUAGGGAGAACCAGUUAACCCAGUCCCCGUAGAUUCAAGGUCGCAUGAAAUACGUUUGGGAACAGUCCUGAAAAUCGCAUUCAACUAGCAGUGAUGUAGUUUUGUAACCUUUCUCGCACUGAGGCUAUAGCAACUCGAUUGUGAUGUCCCUAACAGUGAAUUCCCGUGUUUGAAAUACUACUGUACUCAUGGAGCCGGGUAGCAUGUCAUCGGUUUUAUGAAUGUCGUCCUGUAUGCGAGCCAACUCAAUUUCGUGGAUCUCCUCUUGUAAAUAAGCCUGUCUUCCUAUCUGGAUUAUUUGUGUCCCGAUGGCUUCUGCAGUUCUGUACCUUUUGGUCCUUUCACUGUUACGUGUAGAGAGGGAAACAUUAAAACGUUGAACUCUU